CUGACAGUUUACUGCCGUAAUAAGGAUAAUAUCAGAUUUCAAUAGAGGAAAAUAACUGUUUUCAUAUAUUUUUCAGUAUUAAAUAUUCAACGGAGGGAAAUAUGUUUUUUCUUUCAUAUUUUACGGAUCUAAACUGAACGGAAUUGUUCCAUUCAACAGUACGACUUGGCGCAAGAAGCAGAUAAAAUGAUGUAAACUGAAUAUGGGAAUGUUCACGAGAAAAGUAGGACUUUGAACAAAGACAUAGGUUUAAAAGCGGAUAAAAUGGAUGACGAACUUUUGAAAACAGUACAGGAAAUACAAAGUUCCAGCAGGUUGAAUGAUCUCUUCCAUACCUCCGAAGGCCAGUGUUCCUGUUUCCGGAAACAAGAACGUUAUCAGCAAGAUAUACAGGAAUUGCAGGCAAAGAUAAGUGAAAUAGAAAGUGUUGUGAAAGAGAAAGAUAAAGUUCAAAAAGAACUUAAUGCACACUUAAAAGAAAGAAUUGAUUCGCUUGAAAUAUCUUUGAUGGCGGUGCAAACAGACGACUCUAAAUUACAUUCUGCAAGUUUACGUAAAACACAAGCAGCUUUAAAACAGGGACACUCUGUAACAGAACUAGUCAAACAGAUUUCUGCUUCAAGUUUUGAAGAAAAACCUGAAAGCAGGGAGAACACAAAUCAAGUAUAUCAUACGAAAAACAUUGAGUAUUCAGUACCGGUCACACAAGUAAGAGAUUCUAGUGAAGCAUGUGGUUCGCAAGGUUUAGUACCAGACAGCAAAGCGCCAUCUAAAGAUAAAAGCAAACAAGAUACAGACAGUAUACAAAAAGAUACUGUUGGAAAAUUGACUGAGAAAGAUAAAAGUAACACAACUGUGACAGACAACGAAAACAGAGCUUCACUAAAGGAAAGAUAUGCCGUACGUCAAAACAAUGAGAAAGCAGACAUUGACAAGGUAGCCCCAUCAUCCCAAAAAAGUGCACGACUAGACCCAAGCCCUACAAAAAAGCCUGUAAUCAAGCAAUCAAUAAGAAAAACACAUGGCAAUGAACAGUUCUGGAGAUACCUUGCCAAACAAGAAAUGGAAGAAGGAAAGAGAUCGUUGAAAGAUCUAGAAGGCGUGCACACAGUUUUAUGUCUGGAUAUCUCAGCGAGUAUGGCAGACGAAAAUGCUUGGACAGAAGCCAAAACAUUUGUACUUGAUUAUUUGAAUGGACUUGAAGAUAUUUCUUCGAGACAUGGCCUGACAAAUGAACACGUGGCCCUUGUAACGUUCGGACAUGAGACAAAAGUACAAAAGCGAUUAACAAACAAAUACAGUGAAAUUCGACAACUGGUUGAAAUGCAGCAACUUGGAGGGCCAAGUCCUCUGUAUGGAGGUCUGGUGUUUGGAUUAGCCGCCGCCGGUGCAUCAAACCACACAUUCGAAGUUGUCAAUCAUAUUCAAGUAUUUACUAAAGUUAUUAUUGUGACUGACGGUCGUCUUACUGAAGUUGGCCAAUAUGAAGGACCAGAUACACCUGUUGAAAAUCUAGAUGAGACGAAGGCAAAGAUUAUACAAGGCACAGAAGAAUACAAAAGCUGGCAUAUCGAUACAUACUUCGUUCCUGUUGGAAGAAAACACAAAGAGACAAAUGAAUUUCUAGACCUAAUGUUAGCUGUAACAGAUGGAAAGAAGUUGGAUUUUAAGUCGGGAAGGCAGCUUUCAAGACGACAUUUUUUAACGACGAAGAUAGCUAAUCCUCUAGGAUUAUUUGGAGACACCUCCCUUCCCUUCAUUACAACUAAUCAGCCUGACUUCUCUGCAGAGGAUAAGCGAAUGAUUGAUGAAAUAAAAGCUGAUGCGAGAAAACAUAUAAUUGCACACAUGAAUAGAGUCAAUGGAAACACCUAUCGAGAGAUAGAGGGAUCCAACUUACCACCUAUCGGCAGCCGUGUCCGCAGGGGACCGGACUGGCGUUGGAAUAUGCAAGAUAGUAACGGACCGGGAACAGUCAUAGGACAUGCUCGUGACCAGAUACAUGUAGAAUGGGACACAGACGGUCACCAGAAUGUUUACCAGUACGGACGUCGGGGUUAUGAUGUCCUUAUUGUUGAAGAACCUCGACAACUUAAACCUGGACAGAAGAUCGCUGUUGGUUGCGUUGUGAAACCAGGAAAAGAUUGGGCGCAGUCGUCAGCGAAAGGACAGUACAUGCAAAAAGGUGUCGUGAUCAAGCUAGACCAACCUAAAGCAACUGUUCGCUGGGAAAAUGGAGAAAAAGGUGAUUACUCAUACGGCGUGGCGGGAAAAUAUGAGAUAGAAGUCUGUGCGGGGCUCGUGGCAUCCGGUUCGGAAGGCCAUGCUCUUGGAUCUGGAGUAACAACAACACCGCCAAAGAAAAAAACAAAGAAUAAAAACAAAAAUGUUCACUGAUAAUAACAUAGUACUUCCAAAUAAACGUUGAGACAUCAGCUGGAUAGAUGUGUGUCGUCACUUGAUAAGGCUAGAAGCCCUUCUUCCGCGAUUAUUCAUCAAAAACGAUUAAUUGACAAAUUCUUUGGUCAGUAUAGAUCGUAUCUGAUAAAGAAAACAAAUGCAAAAGUUUGGCGAUAAUAAACUGGAUCCUACUGUUUUAAAGAGACCUCCUUCUUAUAUUCGGUAUUAGCAGUUAAAUGUUCGGCCGUGUUUUCGUUGAUAACAGUUUUAAGUAAAAUGUGUUUAUUAUUAAUGACAACAAAGGCUGCUAUUCAGUAUGUGUAUAUGUAGGUGAUUGUCAACUGAAGAAGCUUAUUAAAGCGAAACAUGUUUUGACAAAACUGUGUUGGUUUAUGAAUUUUCAACAUUAUAUGUAGGUGAAGUAACUUUUAGCGUCUGUUGAAAUUGUCCAAUGACUAUAUAAAUGAAUCUCUUGCAAUAAAACGUAAUAUAGAAGGCCGUCAAACCUACCCUUCUCCUUUGUACAUUUGUCCGCAUCCAUAUAGAUAAUUGAUGCAGUAAAUUAAAUCUCGGACGCAUACAUUUGUUCUUUAUAUAUCGUAUUUCGGACAAUAUCCAAUUAUUAUUGUUUUUGUUACGAAGUCACUCAUUAGUCACUUCAUUUACGGACAUUGCCGAACACUUGUUAAGCUGUCAGGACAAAUAAUAUUACAUUGUGCUUCUUUCACGGUAAUCAAGCAGGAAAAGUGCUUGAAAUCAUGUAUCCCAGGGAGAGUAGGAGAAUUUUAGUCAUUAAUUAGUUCAAUUAAUCAGUUUUUAUGUUUGUAAAUACUUGGCCAU